UCUAUUACAGUUAGGUCACCGUCUCCAAGCGUGGGAGAAAUGGACUCAACCCUCCGGUUCGUCACGCCACUUGCAGCGGGGGCGGUUCAAACCGGGAUCAAAAGGUCAUCAUUUCCAAAAGUGCCUCCAUUUAAACCGAUUCCUCCAGCAGACGAGAGACCCACAAUCACUUCCGCUUCUUCUCUUUCUGAAAAUUCCUUAAUGGGUAUUCUUCCAUCCAGUCCCUCUGGGGCUAAGGUGAUGGCUGUGAUGGCAGUUCCCAAAAAACGGGUUCAAGCACAAGAAAAGAUCAGUAGUAACAACUUUGCCGUAAGAACUCUAUCUGCCCCGAAUCAUGACCUUCCUGUACCGAUCCUUCAACACUCUUCUAACUCUAUACAUACCCUUCUGGCAGCAAAUAAUGUAACAGAGGAGGCCAUGGAGCUAGCCCUCAUACAACGCCAGCAGAUACUAUCCAGGAGAACUACCACUUCAACAACUACCACCAGCAUACCCGCCUCCAAAUAUGCCAAAAGCGUGGGAAAGGUUAUGAACGCUCCGAAAGAGUACUACCCUGUGGGGUACGACAAGAACUUUGACGAUAAUUUCGCUUCCAGGGUGGAGCUUCCUGACACAUCCUUCAGCUGCGGAGAUCAGAAACAUUUUCCUGGACUUUAUGCGGAUGAGGAUCUGGGAUGUAUGGUGAGUGUAAAAGUUGUUUACUUGUACACAACAUUCUACGUUUCUGUUGAAAUAUCAUAG